AUGAAGAAGAUAAUCAUCUACCUACCCCCUGCCAAAAGAAGUAGUAGAAACCCCGUCUUUCAGGAUUCCUGGGACACAGAGUCUUCGAGCAGUGACAGUGGCAGGAGCAGCAGCAGCAGCACCUGCAUCCAUAGCCCAGACCUGGCCAGUGGGCCAGAGAGUGGUUUAAACCAGGUCAUGCCCGGAUCCAGCCCCAACACCCCUCAGCCCAUGCCUGAGCAGUCCGCGCUGUUCCAAGGCCCUUACUUCCACAUCAACCAGACCCUGCAGGAGGCCCGCUUUCACAGCCUACAGCACUGA